AUGGAGACCGUGGUGAUUGUUGCCAUAGGCGUGCUGGCCACCAUCUUUCUCGCCUCCUUUGCAGCCUUGGUGGUGGUUUGCAGGCAGCGCUACUGUCGGCCUCGAGACCUCCUGCAGUGCUAUGAUUCCAAGCCCAUCGUGGACCUCAUUGGCGCCAUGGAGACUCAGUCUGAGCCCUCUGAGCUAGAACUGGAUGACGUUGUCAUCACCAACCCUCACAUCGAGGCCAUUCUGGAGAACGAAGACUGGAUCGAAGAUGCCUCGGGUCUCAUGUCCCACUGCAUCGCCAUCUUGAAGAUCUGUCACACUCUGACGGAGAAGCUCGUUGCCAUGACAAUGGGCUCAGGGGCCAAGAUGAAGACCUCGGCCAGCCUCAGCGACAUCAUUGUGGUGGCCAAGCGCAUCAGCCCCAGAGUGGACGACGUUGUGAAGUCCAUGUACCCUCCGUUGGACCCCAAGCUCCUGGAUGCCCGGACAACUGCCCUGCUGCUGUCUGUUAGUCAUCUGGUACUGGUGACCAGGAACGCCUGCCACCUGACCGGGGGCCUGGAUUGGAUUGACCAGUCGCUGACAGCCGCCGAGGAGCACCUGGAAGUCCUUCGAGAAGCAGCCUUAGCUUCUGAGCCAGAUAAAGGCCUCCCAGGCCCCGAAGGCUUCCUGCAGGAGCAGUCGGCCAUUUAG